AUGUCGAACAACGGCGACUCAUUGGGCGAUUCUCGUUUGCUGCUCGUUUCCAAUCGUCUCCCGAUCACCAUUCGACGCUCUGAGUCGGGUAAUUAUGACUUUUCCAUGUCGUCUGGUGGUCUCGUGACCGGUCUCAGUGGACUGUCCAAGACAGCGACCUUCCAGUGGUAUGGCUGGCCUGGUCUGGAGGUUCCCGAGGACGAGAUCAAAACCGUGACGCAGAAACUGAAGGAGGAGUUCAACGCGACUCCAGUGUUUAUGGAUGACAAGUUAGCGGAUCGCCACUACAACGGCUUCUCGAACUCGAUUCUCUGGCCGCUACUACACUAUCACCCCGGUGAAAUCGUUUUCGACGAAGGUGCCUGGGAUGCCUACCGUGAGGCCAACCGCUUCUUUGCUCAGACGAUUGCCAAUGAGGCGAAAGACGGUGACCUGGUCUGGGUUCACGAUUAUCACUUGAUGCUUCUGCCGCAGAUGCUCCGCGAAGAGCUCCAGACACUUGGCAAAAAGGACAUUCGAAUCGGGUUCUUCCUACACACGCCGUUCCCUAGUAAUGAGAUCUACCGGAUCCUACCAGUACGAAGGGAGUUGCUGCAGGGUGUGUUGCACUGCGAUUUGAUCGGUUUCCAUACGUAUGACUAUGCUCGCCAUUUCCUGGGCAGUUGCGCUCACUUGCUGGGAUUGAUCACUACUCCCAGCAGCGUCAAAUACGAAAAUAGGAAUGUUUCCGUGGGAGCUUUCCCUAUUGGCAUUGAUCCGGACAAGUUCGCAGAAGGCCUGAAAAGCCCCAAGAUCCAGAACCGCAUCGCAAGUCUGGAGAGCAAGUUCCGUGGCACCAAGUUGAUGGUCAGCGUUGAUCGUCUCGACUAUAUCAAAGGUAUUCCGCAGAAGUUGCACGCGUUGGAGGUGUUCCUUUCCAGUCAUCCAGAAUGGGUUGGCAAGGUGGUAUUAGUGCAAGUUGCCGUCCCAAGUCGCCAAGACGUGGAAGAGUAUCAGAACCUGAGGGCAGUGGUCAAUGAGCUAGUGGGAAGAAUCAAUGGCAAAUUUGGCACGGUGGACUACAUGCCGAUUCACUUUAUGCACAAGUCGGUGAGCUUUGAUGAGCUGGUUGCGUUGUACGCGGUCUCUGAUGCUUGCGUCGUCUCCUCCACUCGGGACGGCAUGAAUCUGGUGUCUUUCGAGUAUAUUGCCACGCAGCAGCGGCGCAAGGGCGUGUUGAUUCUCUCUGAGUUUGCCGGGGCCGCACAGAGCCUAAACGGCAGCAUCGUCGUGAACCCGUGGAAUACAGAGGAACUCGCCCGUGCGUACCACCAAGCCGUCUCCAUGGGCGAGGAGCAAAAGGCUCAACAAUUUGAGAAGCUCUACAAAUACAUCUCGAAAUACACCAGUGCGUUCUGGGGACAGUCAUUCGUGGCCGAGUUAUCUCGAUAG